UGGCUUCUACCAGAUUUUUCCCCCUCACUUGGUGCGCACACGGUUUGAGCGUACGUGCCUACCAUGAGUGUUAUGGUGAAUCGGACUGUCAAUGCAGCGAGAGAAGGCAUAUCUAAACUGUAAGGUAAUGAUCGAGAGAGGAGCCUCUUCCUGUAUUUGCACCAGAAGAGCCACAGCCGCCCGUGUCAUGUGUAUCAGUGUAAUGCUUUCAGGGUUUGAGAUUAGCUCCAGACUGGUCGCUCUCACUCACAGAUAGGGAGCUGUGUGGUUCGUGGCUAUACUUCUCAACAAUAACCAUCCUAUUCUGGACAUCUAUUGCAUUUGAAAUUGUUCGUUCCGUCUCAAUGUCAUAAUGGACAGGUUGCACUCCUCCAUGCGUAAAAGGCUCUACAGUUUGCCACAGCAUAUUGGACAGAAAGCUUAUAUUAUGGGCGAAGGAGAAGACGGCGACAAGGACACCCGGAGGAAGAGUAUUAGGAUGAAACCCUUGCCGUCACCAACCUCCAGAGGAAGCCUCAAAGGCAUCGGGGAGACCAGAAGUGGAGACACGGUGAUCAUGGAGACAGACAUUGGGAGACCAACGAAGACCAGUUUAAACGGAGAUUGUCGGAGAUUUCGUGGCAGUUUCUCCUCCAUCACCAGUCGGCAUGUGCACGACUCAGACUCGGCGGAGCAGAGGCGCCUCAUCACGGAAGGGGACGUCACCCCGAGCGAGGAGAGCCCCCCCGGAGCUAUUGGCGGUGGGGCGGACCAAGGUGCGCAAGGCGCCAGCGCUGGUGGUGCUGGUGGUGCCCAACAUGCUUCUCUUGACCAGGAAUCAGGGUUCAUAAAGUUGGAUGGCAUUGAUCAAAUUUCGCCGGACGACGAGAGAUUGUACCAGGCAGGAUUCAUACACAGGCAGUUUGGGGCAAUGCUGCAACCGGGGGUCAACAAGUUCUCCCUAAGGAUGUUUGGGAGCGAAAAGGCGGUGGAACGGGAACAAGAGCGGGUUAAAUCCGCCGGAUUUUGGAUAAUUCACCCGUACAGUGAUUUCAGGUUCUACUGGGACCUGACCAUGCUGCUGCUGAUGGUGGGGAACCUGAUCGUCAUCCCGGUGGGCAUCACCUUCUUCAAAGACGAACACACGCCCCCCUGGAUCAUCUUCAACGUGAUCUCAGACACCUUCUUCCUCAUGGACCUGGUGCUCAACUUCCGCACGGGCAUCGUCAAGGAGGACAACACCGAGAUCAUCCUGGACCCACAACAGAUCAAGAUCAAGUACCUGAGGAGCUGGUUCGUGGUGGACUUCAUCUCCUCCAUACCUGUGGACUACAUCUUCCUCAUCGUGGAGACGCGCAUCGACUCAGACUUCUACAAGACGGCCCGGGCGCUGAGGAUCGUCCGCUUCACGAAGAUCCUCAGCCUGCUCAGACUGCUCAGGCUGUCCAGGCUCAUCCGAUACAUCCACCAGUGGGAGGAGAUCUUCCAUAUGACCUAUGACCUGGCCAGUGCCAUGGUGCGUAUCGUCAACCUGAUUGGUAUGAUGCUGCUGCUGUGCCAUUGGGACGGAUGUCUGCAGUUCCUGGUUCCCAUGCUGCAGGACUUCCCCCAGGACUGCUGGGUGUCCAAAAACAAAAUGGUGAACGACACAUGGGGCCAACAGUACUCCUACGCCCUGUUCAAAGCCAUGAGCCACAUGCUGUGUAUCGGGUACGGCAUGUACCCACCUGUGGGCAUGACGGACGUGUGGCUCACCAUCCUCAGCAUGAUCGUGGGCGCCACCUGCUAUGCCAUGUUCGUGGGUCACGCCACCGCACUCAUCCAGUCUCUGGACUCCUCCCGUCGGCAGUACCAGGAGAAGUACAAACAGGUGGAGCAGAACAUGUCCUUCCACAAGCUGCCAGCUGAUAUGAGGCAGAGGAUCCAUGACUACUACGAGCAUCGCUACCAAGGCAAGAUGUUUGACGAGGAGAGCAUCCUGGGACUCAACGAGCCACUCAGAGAGGAAAUCGUUAACUUUAACUGUCGAAAGCUGGUGGCUUCCAUGCCACUGUUUGCCAACGCGGACCCCAACUUUGUGACCUCCAUGCUGACCAAGCUGCGCUUCGAGGUGUUCCAGCCCGGAGACUACAUCAUCAGAGAGGGCACCAUUGGCAAGAAGAUGUACUUCAUCCAGCACGGAGUGGUCAGCGUUCUCACCAAGGGCAACAAGGAAACCAAGCUCUCAGAUGGAUCCUACUUCGGGGAGAUCUGUCUGUUGACGCGGGGUAGAAGAACAGCCAGCGUCAGAGCAGACACCUACUGCCGUCUGUACUCUCUGUCUGUGGACAACUUCAACGAGGUCCUGGAAGAGUACCCCAUGAUGAGACGGGCCUUCGAGACCGUGGCUCUGGACCGGCUGGACCGCAUAGGGAAGAAGAACUCCCUCCUGCAGCACAAGGUGCAGCACGACCUGAGCUCCGGCGUUCUCAACUACCAGGAGAACGAGAUCAUCCAGCAGAUUGUGCAGCAUGACAGAGACAUGGCCACCUGCGCCCACCUCCUCCAGAACAUUCCUCCACCUCAGCCCCCGUCUCCGGGGCACACCCCCGUCAUCUGGGCUCCCCUCAUCCAGGCACCCCUGCAGGCUGCUGCCGCCACCACCUCUGUUGCCAUCGCCUUGACGCACCACCCCCACCUCCCACACCUCCCCGCCGCGCUCUUCCGCCCACCGGUCACGGUCCUGGGCUCCAGGAACCUCCAGGACCCUCCCCCCGGCCGGCUGAAGAAGUUCCACACGUCAGCGCCCACCUCCUCCAUUGGACCUGACUCCCCCUCCAGCACUCCAUCUAAACUGCACUGCUCUGGGAUGGACACAGCCCUGCUGGCCUCCUUCCGGGCCCACCACACGACUCAGGGGUCAGGGGCAGCCAGCUCCAGUCAGCAGGCGUCCAGCAGCAGUGGAACCCAGCCUGGGCCUACCGGGGCCUUUCCCUUUGGACCUUUCUCCUCCUCCGGGGGCUCUCCCUCCCACAGCACGGCACAGAGCACGGCCCAGCUCCACUCACAGCCCCAGACGCAGCAGCCAUUCCGCUGCACCACCCCGCCUCUCGCUGCCCUCUUCCAGCAGGGAGUCAUGGAGGGAGCCGUGGGGACAGGGAUGGGUGGAGCAGCAGGGGGAGCUACAGGUUGGUCGUCAGGAGGCACUACCGGAGGUGAAAUAGGAGGGGUUGCUGAGGGGGCCACGGGUGGGACAAUAAGAAGGGCCACUGGUUGGGGUAGACGUGGGUCUAUAGAAGGAUAUACUACUGGAGUACAUAUAGGAGGAGCCACUGGGGGAUACUCAGGAGGGGCUAGUGGUGGGCACAUUAGAGGAACUAGUGGAGGACAUAUAGGAGCUACUGGUGGAGCAAUGGGAGGGCAUAUAGGAGGGGCAAUGGGAGGGGCUACAGGUGGAAUGACAAUUGGAGUUCUGGGUACCUCUAGUUCUGGUUGUAGUAUCAGCCCCCAGUCCACUGGUUCAUCCGGCAACAUUAACCCCUGUCAGCUGCUCCACAGCCAGCUGCCCCCCAAGCCUCCACAGGUGGGCUCCCUGCAGCAGUUUGCAGGCGGGGGUAGGACUCCUAGUGGGUUCUACCACCUCCCCCCUCCAGGCUCCCCAUCCUCCUCCUCCACCCAGCAGGCCCCAGAGGGCUCCCCUUCUCCCCUGGCCCAGUUCAGCCUGGCAGGCCUCCAGUCUGGCCUGGUCCCUCAGCUGUCCCUGGAGAGGUCUGCCCUGGCCUCGUUGGCCCAGUACGGCUCAGCUAACGGCUCGCCCUGCUACACCCCCCUGGGGCCUAGCCCCACGGUCCAAAGCCCAGUCACAGGAAGGACUUUCCACUACAGUGACUCGUCCAGUGCCACAGGGUCCCACAGCUCUCUGCUCAUGCCCCAGACCUCCCUCCCCAGCCAGCAGCAAGCAGCCGGCAGUGAGUCUCUGCUGGGGCUGGGCAGCUUCUCUGAGGAUAUGAAACUAUUGUCCUGUUCUAACAUCUCCCUGCCCCAGGUUGUGACCCAGGCCAUGGGAUACUCCUCCCUCCCACGCUCCUCACCCCCUCGCACCUCGCCCCCACGCUCCUCACCCCCUCGCACCUCACCCCCAUGCUCCUCCAUGGAGCCAGGAUACUGCUUCUCCUCGCCCUACACCUCCCCCAUCCUAGUUCCAAAACCCUGUAGCUCGGUGCCAGGGCACAUGACUCCUCCUGUCCCUGCCCAGAUGUCUCCAGGACACCUGCAGCACCAGACUCAGUCCCCCGUGGCCUCCCCGGCCCUGCCGCCACGGAAAGGCUCGGCAGCCCACUCUGAACUAGAACCUGUCCGCUCCAAACUAACCUCCAAUUUGUGAGGUUUGAUCACACCCUCCCUGGACUAGUACACAAACAAUCUUCCUGUAUGAUGUCAUUCUCUUCUAGGUUUCACUGUGUUCUAAUCGUUAUCAUUUCCACCAUCUUAAUAUUACUGUGAUUUAAAAGAUGAUGCUUAACCAGGUAACUUCGAGCUCCCUAGACAACUACCCUUUCUUUGUUUUUGUUUUGUUUCUCCCUUUUUUAUUCAUACGUAUAUACAUAGAAAUAUAUUUAAAAGAUAUGCUAAUCAAGGGACAGGAGGGUGUGAACAGAAAAUGAUAUCCAUUUAAGAGAUGGUCAUUUCUUUGUUUCUAUCUAUGCCAAAUUCAUAUUAUGGGGUUUGGUUUGAUGGUUAGAUGGACAACACAAUAGUACUUUUUUGCAGGAACCUAUGCACUAAUACCUGCAUGUAUAGAUGCUUUUUUGUGUGUUUUAAAAGAACAGAAUCAACCUUUUCAGUGGAAAAUACAUGCUUCAAUAAGAGCAGACUGACUUAUUUUUUCAUCCCAUACAGGAUCACAUAUUGUUGAUCCUUAAUCAUCUAUUAUCGAUUAGAUUACUUAUUUAUCCACUGUAUAGACUUUACAAAACCUUCCGAGGUGGAGAAGAGAUUUUAGGAAACCAAAAUGACUUUCCUCUGGGGUGAUCAAUCUGCCUCCUCUUUGGCCUGUGUGUCAUUGUUGUAUUGUCGUAAUAUUGGGGGGUGUUGAGUGGGCUACAGGCCCUCCAUCCCUGUAGUGAGACAGACAUCAAUUAUGAUGUGUUAGUGAUAGGCUUCCUGCAGUGUCCUCAACCCUGUCCUAACAAAUUCACUUUGUCUUCCAAGCUCAUCAUGCCGCAAAUGUUUUGGAUGGACAAGGACAAGUUGAGCCCUGCAAUCUGUAUGCUAGUGGACAGAGUGUAUGCAUUUAUGUGUGUGUGAUAGUGACUGAGUGUGAGUGUGUGUUUGAGUGUGUGGCUGUGUGUUUAAGAGAGAUAGAGAAAGAGAGGGAGAGGAGUCUAAUGCAAGGCAAGAGCUUGCCAGACUAACCAAGGGGGGUUUUGCCUUUUCACAAAACUAGGACUACCAUCCCUGCUUGUGUGUGGAGUUGUGUACCUUCAGGACCCUUCAAUCUCUCAAUGCUAGAAAAGACUACACUCACUAGUGCUCUCAGAGCCAUCAAUCACACAUAGUUCUGUCAGAUAAUGUAGCAAACACACAGGAAAUAGACCAUUUGGACAUAAGCAAUUACGUUUGUUAUUGUAAUGAUAUCAGAUACCUGUUGAAGUGCUGCUUGACAGAAAAGAUCUUACCACUCCACAUUACUACCCACAGCUGCUGUACGGUCAACGUAGACAUUCUCCCACAUUGAAUGCCAGUGUUGAGUUGAACAUGUUGAAUGUAUGUACAUUUCAUUUAUUUUUGUUUAGAAUAAAUAUGGGUUAUGCAGUUUUACAUCAAGGAGUGACAGACAGAAAGACGGGAUAUCAUUUUUUUUCUUUUUUCAUGACAGAAUAGAAAUGGUAGAUGUGGACAAUUUCAUAGUCCUGUAUGUUAAGCUUAAUCCCAGCGGACAAGAAUGGUUGAAAUGACAUAAUUCCAGAUAACCUGACUUCAUUCCAUCCAGAUAACCUGACGUCAUUCCAUCCAGAUAACCUGACGUCAUUCCAUCCAGAUAACACGACGUCAUUCCAUCCAGAUAACCUGACUUCAUUCCAUCCAGAUAACCUGACGUCAUUCCAUCCAGAUAACCUGACGUCAUUCCAUCCAGAUAACCUGACGUCAUUCCAUCCAGAUAACCUGACGUCAUUCCAUCCAGAUAACCUGACGUCAUUCCAUCCAGAUAACCUGACUUCAUUCCAUCCAGAUAACCUGACGUCAUUCCAUCCAGAUAACCUGACGUCAUUCCAUCCAGAUAACCUGACUUCAUUCCAUCCAGAUAACCUGACUUCAUUCCAUCCAGAUAACCUGACGUCAUUCCAUCCAGAUAACCUGACGUCAUUCCAUCCAGAUAACCUGACGUCAUUCCAUCCAGAUAACCUGACUUCAUUCCAUCCAGAUAACCUGACGUCAUUCCAUCCAGAUAACCUGACGUCAUUCCAUCCAGAUAACCUGACGUCAUUCCAUCCAGAUAACACAACGUCAUUCCAUCCAGAUAACCUGAUUUCAUUCCAUCCAGAUAACCUGACUUCAUUCCAUCCAGAUAACCUGACGUCAUUCCAUCCAGAUAACCUGACGUCAUUCCAUCCAGAUAACCUGACGACAUUCCAUCCAGAUAACCUGACGUCAUUCCAUCCAGAUAACCUGACGUCAUUCCAUCCAGAUAACCUGACGUCAUUCCAUCCAGAUAACCUGACGUCAUUCCAUCCAGAUAACCUGACUUCAUUCCAUCCAGAUAACCUGACUUCAUUCCAUCCAGAUAACCUGACUUCAUUCCAUCCAGAUAACCUGACUUCAUUCCAUCCAGAUAACCUGACGUCAUUCCAUCCAGAUAACCUGACGUCAUUCCAUCCAGAUAACCUGACGUCAUUCCAUCCAGAUAACCUGACGUCAUUCCAUCCAGAUAACCUGACGUCAUUCCAUCCAGAUAACCUGACGUCAUUCCAUCCAGAUAACACGAUGUCAUUUCAACCAGAUAACAUGACGUCAUUUCAACCAGAUAACAUGACGUCAUUUCAAGCAGAUAACAUGAUGUAAUUUCAACCAACCAGCUGUAUGCCUGGCUGUAUGUUCUGUAUAGAUAGGUAGCAGUAAUCACCUCUGCCUCUCUCCACAGCCCAUCAUAAGGAGCAGCAUGUUACCCUGGGUUCAGACAGCUUUGUCCAUCUCUAUCUCAGUCACACCACUCAGCCACAACACUCUUUUUUAACACAGCCCCUGACCUCUGACACGUGUUGACAGAAGUGCACAUUGACCACACUAGUCUCUCAUUACUACCUCCCUCAGCAGACCUGUAACAAGGGCUAAUCACACACACACACAGGAACGCAUGCACACGGAUAUGCACACACCCAUGCACAUGCAUACACACACACAAGCCAUGGCAGUCUCCCAGUGCAAAUUGCAGUGCUGAAUUGAAUUAAUUUGAACAGGACAGUAAGAUUUCUAUUGAUUAAAAGGGCUUUUAAAAGGAGUUCUGUUCUCCCAUUGGAGUGAUUGCAGAUCUAAAGUAUUGGUUUUAAAUCGUCUCUCUUUCUCUCUCUCCCUCUGUUGUUGUUGUUUUACACCUGGUCUUCAUCUGCAGCGAGGCACUAUCUAUCUAGAAAGCUCUGAAAUAUUUAUUCACUAUCGGUGUCUGUCUGACAUGUGGCACCUGCCUCUCUGAUGGUGGGAAGCCCACAGACAUCACCUCAGACAGGGAGAGAAGGAGGGAGGGAGGGAGGCGUUUAUUCUCCCAGAUAGAACACUCAGCAGCGUGAUUGGCUGGACACAGGGAGGGAACAGGGAAGUGAUCAGCUCCAACAGAGGAAUAUUCAUGUCUGUAGUGUGUACAGUGCAAUCGUUAAAGACUGUGACUGCUGGAGCUGCUAAAACACGAAGCCAAUAGACUGCCGUGGCUGUUUCACAUCUGAA